AUGGAUGAACAAACGAUAAACUUAGUGAAUGUUUACCCUCCCAACACCGACGUUGAACGGCGGACGUUUUUCUUGAUUUUAGAACUCUUUAUUGCAAGGGAAAACGAAACCAUAUUUGGAGGUGAUUUCAACUCUAUUAUGGACAACAGACUAGAUAAACUUGGUCGAGAUCCAAACUCUCGACAAGCAGCAACUUAUUUUCUGCGUCCGUUUUAUGAGCGUUAUGAUCUGUGUGAUAUUUGGAGGGAACAGCGUAAGGAUGAGCGGAAUUAUACUUGGACUGGCCGUAUGACGUCUAACCAUUUGUUCAUUCCGACAAGAACUGAUUUUUUCCUUACUAGUCGCGCCUUGAACCAGUUUAUUACGGCUGUGGAGAUUAAGCCUUACGCACAUUCUGAUCAUGAUUGUAUAACUUUGGAAAUUGAUUUUGAUAAGGUUCACCGCGGCCUGGCUAUUGGCAUUUUAAUAAUGAUUUGCUUAGCGACGUUGUUUUCCACUCGAAAAUUGAGCAGUUUUGGACAGGUUGCAAGGAAAAAUUUAAAAACUUUCCUGAUCCUCUAA